GCGCGCGCGCGUGUGUGUGUGUGGAUCAGGGUGGGGUGUUGCGCAUGCACGGUGGCUUUGGCCGUGUAAAUCUCCGUCGGUGUCUGUCUGGAGCGUCCUGCCGCUUCGCCGGAACAAGAGAGAAGAGUCCGUCACCUGAACAAUUCGUCGUCCACCUUCAGAAUCUCUGCAGGAUUGUCUGGAAACCUUCGUCCCUCGCGCCCGGUUUGUUUUGUGCCGACGGCGGCGGGUGACAUUGAGCUGCGGGGCGUCGCUUCUCCAAACGCGCAUCGGGAAUCAUUAUUACGCGUGCGUAUCUCCAGCCAUCAGCGCAGAGAUGUCCGGAUACCAGGGCAAGAAGAACAUCCCUCGCAUCACUAGUGACCGACUUCUAAUCAAAGGAGCGAAGAUAGUGAAUGAUGAUCAGUCUUUCCAUGCCGACAUCUAUAUGGAGGAUGGAGUCAUCAAGCAAAUCGGUGAAAACCUCAUAGUUCCUGGUGGUGUGAAGACCAUCGAUGCCCAUGGCAGGAUGCUGAUACCCGGUGGCAUCGAUGUUCACACCCGCUUCCAGAUGCCCGACCGGGGCAUGACAGCUGCUGAUGAUUUCUACCAGGGCACACGAGCUGCUCUUGCUGGUGGCACCACUAUGAUCAUCGAUCAUGUGGUCCCAGAGCCAGGAGUGAGUCUGAUCGCUGCUUUUAACCAGUGGAGGGAGUGGGCCGAUCACAAGUCCUGCUGCGAUUACUCUCUGCAUGUGGACAUCACAGAGUGGCACAAGGGCAUGCAGGAGGAGCUGGAGGCGCUGGUCAAAGAUCACGGUGUCAACUCUUUCCUGGUCUACUUGGCCUACAAGGACAUUUUCCAGCUAAACGACUCCCAGAUGUAUGAGGUGUUCAGUGUGAUCAGGGACUUGGGAGCCAUCGCCCAGGUGCACGCAGAGAACGGAGACGUCAUUGCUGAGGAGCAGAAGAGGAUUCUGGGAUUGGGUAUCACUGGUCCAGAAGGACAUGUUCUGAGCCGCCCAGAGGAGGUGGAGGCCGAGGCCGUCAACCGGGCUGUGACCGUCGCCAAUCAAACCAACUGCCCACUUUACAUCACCAAAGUGAUGAGCAAGAGCGCUGCUGAUGUCAUCGCACAGGCCAGGAAAAAAGGUACCGUGGUGUACGGGGAGCCCAUCUCAGCCAGCCUGGGGACCGACGGCACUCACUACUGGAGCAAGAACUGGGCCAAAGCUGCAGCCUACAUCACAUCUCCACCCCUCAGCCCCGACCCCACCACCCCGGACUAUCUCAACUCCCUGCUGGCCUGUGGUGAUCUGCAGGUGACUGGCAGUGCUCACUGCACUUUCAGCACUUCCCAGAGGGCCGUGGGCAAGGAUAAUUUCACCCUCAUCCCGGAGGGAACUAACGGUACUGAGGAGAGAAUGUCCAUCAUCUGGGACAAGUGUGUGGUGACGGGUAAGAUGGAUGAAAAUCAGUUUGUGGCCGUGACGAGCACCAACGCAGCCAAGAUCUUUAACCUGUACCCCCGGAAGGGCCGCAUCGCUGUGGGCUCUGAUGCCGACCUGGUGCUCUGGGACCCCGAUGCCACUAAAAUCAUCUCUGCUAAGAGCCACCACCUGGCGGUGGAGUACAACAUCUUCGAGGGGAUCGAGGUGCGUGGAGCUCCUCUGGUGGUGAUCAGCCAGGGCAAGAUCGUCCUGGAGGAUGCAAACCUCCACACCACUGAGGGCUCUGGACGCUACAUCAGCCGUAAACCCUUCCCAGACUACGUCUACAAGAGGAUAAAGGCCCGCAGCAGGCUUGCUGAUCUGCGUGGAGUCCCACGAGGUCUAUAUGACGGCCCAGUAUGUGAGGUCACUGUGACACCUAAGGUCAUGACCCCUGUCACCUCCGGUAAGACCUCUCCGGUCAAACACACUCCUCAACCGGUUCGCAACCUGCAUCAGUCUGGAUUCAGCCUGUCUGGGGCUCAAAUUGACGAUAACAUCCCUCGUCGUACAACUCAGCGCAUUGUGGCGCCUCCAGGUGGAAGGGCCAACAUUACCAGCCUGGGAUAAAAUCAAUCACUCAUUACAGAGAGAAAAGGAUGGGGUGGGAUGGGGGUUAAAGAAACUUGGGCUUUUCACCCGGGAACGGUCCAGCCGUCUGGACUGCGUCCCAUCAAGCACACCUCUACUUCCUUCUACACUUCUGUCCAUCCAUCAGCCCCUAACACCCAUCCUUUUAACUCUAGUGUCCUGACUUUUGAGUGUUUUUCUUAGAUGAAUAAGUUUCAGGAUUACUUGGCAUAGAACUGGGAUACAGUACUUACUGGAAAGUAUGACUAAACAGCAUACUAGCAUUCUACUAAUUCUUCAGUAUGAAUAAUGUGCAUAGUGUGAGUUUUCUCAAUGCAAUGACCUACUGUACUGUGCAGUAUGAAACAGAGCAUAUUGCACUGUGUACUGUAUCCCAUAAUGCACUGCAACUUUCCAUUUCUCGUGCAACGAAUUAACUGGAAAUAAUAACUUUUUCUUUGGUCAGACUGUCUAAAAUAGAUUUUUUUAUAUGCAGUUAGAUUAAAAUGCAAAAUAACUAUUUAUUUCUGCCUUGAUAAAUGUGUUGAAACAUGCAACGCAUGCUUGUUUUUGGCCAAGUGUUCCUGAAUCUUAUCCAGCUAACCAAGUAAUCCACUUUCAAAGAACAGGAACUACCCAGCUAACAAAAAUAUAUUCUUAGACCGUUUUGCUAAAGUUAUUUUUCUCUGAACAUUCAAAAUAUCCAGUUAAAAAGAAAAAGGGAAUUGUUUUGUUUAUGUGAACGUAAGAGAAAACAAGGAAUGUUCCGUUUCAUCAUUUUGCGAACAUUAUGGAAAUGUUCUACUUUUAA